GUUUAUGGAAUCAGAAUAUCUGUAAGUCGCCUAUGGAUCUGGACUGUAGAGGAGAUUUAUGCUAACUGCAUUGCAGGUUUGCGCACGCGUUUGGUAGAUGCUGUCUCAACGCCGAAUCUUUUGAAGAUGGUAGAGUCAAAAAUGAUCCAUCCGGAGGUUCUGAUCUCGCAUCGUACGUAUCAUCCCUCCCAUUCCAUGUUUUGGUCUGCAAUUCAUCGGGCUGUGCUAAUAGAGAAUAUAGGAUUCUCGUUCGUAGACAUGCUCCAGGCGUAUGACACGUUCCAGGCAGCAUCCCAGCAAGAUGCGCUGAAGGUCGUGGUCGCCAUGGCAGACGAAGUCAAUGGCGUGGCGAACGAGAAGGAAGCGGUGUCUGUAGAUGGACUCUGCAGUAAGAAGUGAAGGGCGAAAGAAGGGAGGACGGGGGCCGGGGCUAAAUCCCGGUGCCCUAACCCCUAAUCCCGUGCUAGAGCGAACGCCCUCUUAUCUCCGGGCAUCUCCGAUGACGUACUCUGCUGGCUGCCUUCGCAACGAUGUCGUAUACAUAUAGGUCUGAACGGUUUGAUUCUAGACAACUAGGAUUUUCUUUACCUCAUUUCUCCUUAGCAAUUAGAUCAAUUCUUCUUUCCCGCUGAGCGUCAUGUUUCGCUUCCUCCACGACCAAUUGCUUGUUACGCCCUCGCUACCCUCUUCAGCCUCCUUCACUGACCAAGUCGUCAUUGUUACCGGUGCCAAUGUCGGUUUAGGUCUCGAAGCAGCGCGUCAUAUCUCCCGUCUGGGUGCUCAAAAGAUUAUUCUCGCCGUGCGGAAUAUUGCUGCCGGAGAGACUGCCCGUCAAUCAAUCGAGGAAUCUACAAGCCGAGCAGGAACGUGCGAAGUCUGGCCGCUCGAUCUAGCAUCUUACACUUCGGUUAUCGAAUUUGCACAUCGCGCUCAAUCUCUGUCACGCCUUGAUGCCGUGAUUGAGAAUGCCGGUGUAGCAACCACCGACUAUCAGGUCGCCGAGGGCCACGAGCUCAGUAUUACCGUUAAUGUCAUCAGCACUGUUCUCUUGGCUCUCCUCCUCCUCCCGAAGCUCCGCGAAACAGCGCGCCAAUUCCCUCUUCACCACCCACACUUGACCGUAGUGGUCAGCGAGGCGCAUGCCUUGACCUCGUUCCCCGAAUGGCGACAGCACCGCGUUUUCGAUGCCCUGGACAAUGAGCGAGCCAUCAACAUGCAUGAACGGUAUCCCACUUCGAAACUACUCGAAAUUCUAGCACUGCGAGAAUUAAUCGCCCAUUUAAGCGACGACGCGGUGAUAGUCAAUAUGGUUAACCCGGGCCUCUGUCAUUCCCAGCUUAGCCGCAACGCGGGGAUGAGCAUGACUAUUAUGAAGUUUUUCCUGGCCCGGUCUACUGAAGUCGGCAGUCGUACUUUAGUGGCUGGGGUCACAGCCGGUUCAGAGACACAUGGCGAAUAUAUGAGCAACUCUCUCGCAGCAUCACAUGAGCUGUCGGAUUUUGUGCGCGGCGAGGAUGGACGCACAGCGCAGAGAAAGAUCUGGCAAGAACUGCGCGACAUUCUUGAGGCCAUCCGGCCGGGGGUGAUACAGAAUUUAUAGGUAAACACAGCUAAACGAGCGAAUAUAGUUGGAUUUCUGCAAUACAAAUAACUAGACAGACGGCCGGGUUCUAAAGGUUUCCCAAAGUGGACCCUUCAAUAUGCCACACCCCAUGGCGAGCUGUAGGAGACGAGUUAGAUGGCCGUGACAUCUACCCAAAAGCGUGUGUCGUCGGUUGAAUAAGUUUCCUGGCUUUCAAUCUGCUCCUGGAUCCAUUGAACGGCAGACUUAUAGG